AAAAGUAUACGUUCUCCUACAAAUAAAGGAUCGGUGGACAGUUUUUCACAUCUUUUUCAAAAUAUCCAGGACAACAUGAACUCUCUCGUACUUUUCCUCGGAGUCACCCUUUUAGCUUUAUGUGAAGCUCGUCCUACUGAGCAUAAAGUCACUUCCAAACUGGUAACCCACGUUCAUAAAUUCAAAGAAGAAGUAACACCUAAACCUAAAAAUGGACUUGGAUUAAAAACUAAUUGCCAGCAGGGAGCUCUAGUCGGAGUUGACAGAGGAUUGGAAAGAGGAAUUUCAGGAAUUAUUAAUAAUGCUGCUGAUGCAGUAAGCGAUCUCACGGCACAUGGAAAUCUCUUGGGAGUCGUAGGAGAUGCUGUUGAUCAUGUUGGUCAUGCUGCUCAAGGCUUAGUUGACAGUAAGUAA